AUGCCUAAUAUUAAACUCCAAAGCUCUGAUGGAGAAGUUUUUGAGGUUGAUGUCGAAGUAGCCAAAUGUAGUGGUACAAUUAAAACUAUGUUGGAAGAUCUCGGAAUGGAAGAUGACGAUGAAGAAGUUGUCCCUCUUCCAAAUGUUAAUUCUGUUAUACAAUGGGCUACUUAUCACAAGGAUGAUCCACCACCACCAGAAGAUGAAGAAAUUAAAGAAAAGAGAACUGAUGACAUAUCUUCUUGGGAUGCUGAUUUUUUAAAAGUUGACCAAGGAACACUUUUCGAAUUAAUAUUGGCUGCUAAUUACCUGGAUAUAAAAGGAUUGUUAGACAUAACAUGCAAAACGGUGGCGAAUAUGAUAAAAGGUAAAACACCAGAAGAAGUACGUAAAACAUUUAAUAUAAAAAAUGAUUUUACAGCAGCAGAAGAAGAACAAGUUCGAAAAGAGAAUGAAUGGUGCGAAGAAAAAUAA